AUGGCUGAAAUUUACCUGGCUGGUGCGGUAGCCGCCUUCACAGUCGACCUCUUGGUCUAUCCGCUCGACACAUUGAAGACGAGAUAUCAGAGCCAGGAUUUUAUAAAAACAGAUGCGAAGGCACCGAAGCCUUUGGCAUUCAGAGGCCUCUACCAGGGCGUCGGCAGUGUCAUCCUAGCUACGCUCCCAGCUGCUGGCAUAUUCUUCUCUACCUAUGAGUCGGGUAAGAGGAUAUUUGGGGAGGCUCUGCCGAUUCCCGACCCAUUAGUCCACUCGCUGGCGUCGUCAGUGGCUGAGAUGGCUUCCUGUGCGGUGCUGGCACCUGCGGAAGUCAUCAAGCAGAAUGCCCAAAUGCUGCGAAGCAGCCAAUCGGGACCAAAUCAUGAGUCGACAUCAUUGCGGGCCUUUCGAGAACUGCGACGUGGAGCUUUGCAGUUCCCCUUGUUUGAGCACCUUCAGUCGACGCUGUGGAAGCGAAGGGGCGGUGAGCCUGAUCUGAGAGAGAAGAGUCUACUCGAGACGGGAACAAUCUGUGGUACGAGUGCAGGUACGGCAGGUGCCUUCGCGGCAUGGAUCACGACACCAAGCGACGUCGUCAAGACGAGGAUGAUGCUGUCUGCUGGCGAAGAUGGAGAGGGCAAGUCGGCGAGCGAGACGGAUGGAAAGACUAAGAGAGGCGCUUGGGCUGUGACGCGGCAAGUCUGGAACGAAAGAGGCCUGCGCGGAUUCUUCAGGGGUGGGCUCUUCAGGUCUGCCUGGACAGCCCUGGGGAGUGGACUGUACCUGGGGACGUACGAGACGUCAAAGGUGUGGUUGAAGAGAAGGAAGCCAGGUCUAGACGAUUCAGUCGGCAUGUAA